AUGGGCCGACGGCAUCCUCGGCAGGCUUCAGCUGGUGUCCCUCUGGCGCGCGGCCGCUUUGACUGCAGCUCGGCCAACAUCCCUCAGGCUCCGCCGUGCUGCGUCUUCUGCGCCAUCGCGUCAUCACAGCUCCGCCUCCAACCGUCGUCGCCACAUCCUCAGAUCGUCUCUGCUGCCGCCAUUACUCCGCCGCCGUCAUUUUUAUUUGAUUCAUUUAUUUCACUGAUCAAGAGGGGGAAGAGCACCAGCGUCGCUUCAGUGCUGCCCAAGGCCGCCCCGGCAACGUCAAGAGCUGAGGUUUCCAAAGUCCUGAUCCUGGGGUCCGGCGGCUUGUCGAUUGGCCAAGCUGGGGAAUUUGAUUAUUCUGGAUCACAGGCCGUCAAGGCCAUGAAGGAAGAAAAUGUGAAAACGGUCCUGAUGAACCCCAAUAUUGCUUCAGUUCAGACCAACGAAGUCGGCUUGAAGCAGGCGGACACAGUUUAUUUCCUCCCCAUCACCCCCCAUUUUGUUACAGAGGUCAUCAGGGCAGAGCGGCCAGACGGUCUCAUUCUUGGUAUGGGUGGGCAGACGGCUCUCAAUUGUGGAGUGGAGCUGUUCAAGCGUGGCAUCCUGCAGGAGUACGGAGUGAAGGUCCUUGGAACUUCCGUUGAGUCGAUCAUGGCCACAGAAGACCGCCAGCUCUUCUCCAACAAGCUAAAUGAAAUCAAUGAGAAGAUUGCCCCCAGCUUCGCUGUGGAAUCGGUAGACGAUGCUUUGGAGGCAGCAGGAAAAAUUGGCUAUCCUGUCAUGAUACGCUCCGCUUAUGCCCUGGGUGGACUUGGAUCGGGUUUAUGUCAUGACAAGGAAGAACUGAUGGAUCUCGCUACCAAGGCUUUUGCCAUGACGAACCAACUCCUUGUGGAGAAAUCGCUGGUCGGAUGGAAGGAGAUUGAGUACGAAGUGGUGAGAGAUGCUGCCGACAACUGCAUCACGGUCUGCAGUAUGGAAAACGUCGACGCCAUGGGAGUCCACACAGGAGACUCCAUCGUCGUAGCCCCCAGCCAGACCCUCUCCAACAAAGAGCUGCAGAUGUUACGGGAAUCGACCAUCAAGGUUGUCCGCCACUUGAACAUCGUCGGAGAGUGCAACAUCCAGUAUGCCCUGCAUCCCAGUUCUCUGGAGUACUGCAUCAUUGAAGUGAACGCCCGGCUCUCUCGGAGCUCCGCCUUGGCGUCGAAGGCUACCGGGUAUCCUUUGGCAUUUAUUGCUGCCAAAAUCGCCCUUGGGAUUCCGUUGCCGGAAAUUGAAAACGUGGUGUCAGGAAAGACAACGGCCUGCUUCGAGCCAAGCCUGGACUACAUUGUCACAAAGGUGCCACGUUGGGAUCUGGACCGUUUCCAAGGCGCCUCCAGCAAGAUCGGAAGCUCUAUGAAGAGUGUGGGUGAGGUGAUGGCUAUUGGGCGCACUUUUGAAGAGAGCCUCCAGAAGGCCUUAAGGAUGUGCCACCCCUCCGUCGACGGCUUCACGUCCCGUCUGCCAAUGAGCAAAGACUGGGCCGCUGAUGUGGAUCUCAGGAAAGAGCUGGCAGAACCUUCCAGCAUCCGUGUGCAUGCAAUUGCCAAGGCCUUGCACGACAGUGUCCCUGUGGAGGAUAUCCAUAAGCUGACGUUCAUCGACAAAUGGUUCAUCUAUAAGAUGCGUGACAUUGUGAAGAUGGAGAAGGACUUGAGAAGCUACAGUGGAGACUCCAUUCCCGAGGACACCCUGAGGAGAGCCAAGCAGAUCGGCUUCUCGGACAAACAGAUCGGGAAAUGUCUGGGAGUGACCGAAACGCAGAGCAGGGACUUGAGACUCGAGAGGAACAUCACACCGUGGGUGAAGCAG